AUGAAAAUAUUCACCCUCGUACUGGGCGUGAUCAUUAUAGGGGUAGCAGAGAUCUCAGCCGACGAAUCAGAGAGCACCUCCCCCGAUGACGGACCAAUCGCAUCGCAAGAAAAUAAUGUUGAACAGAGACGGGUAGAUGUUCCCGAGGUGGUUUUACAAUUGAAAUAUGAUAAAGGGGAACUGAAUAGGAUAUAUUUGACGCAGUUCCGAAAGGAUUCGAAAGCGUGGGUGCCUUCAGUGUCUGCCCGAAGCAACUUGUGUGCGGACUUGUGCCACGCAGGACUUGGUGGAGAGGCCUGUGGAGUGAGCAUCUGUUCCCAGCUGAUCCCCAUAGGGCUGCAGACGGCUCUAAGAGACGCAAACCGGAGUGACGUCACGUACGGAGUGCCACGAUACAAUGUCUGUCCUGCAUUGUGCCAGAAUCAACUUGGGGCCCCAUUAUGCAACUGUAAACCAACCACGAAGGACCACGACCAUGGUGUUAACUGGAGCGAGGUGUGCGCGGCUUUCUGCUACGACGGGUACACGCUUAGUGGUUGCCCAACCUGCGAAUCAUCAAGCACAGAGGCUACAGUGAGCUUGCAAUCAUCACGGGUCCUUUCGACCUAUGAGGGGUGGGCAGCAUGGUGCAACGUGCAAUGCAGGCAGGGCCAGGGCGGCGCCGCCUGCAACUGCGACCGGACCCCGUUCCAGUAA